UUUUUUUUUUUUUUUUAAUUUUUUAGUUUUGGAAUUGAAUUAACUAAGCACUGUUCUUUUGUUUUAGUUCAUACUAGUCAUUGCCUUCUGAUGAAUAUUAUAGGGUAUUCACUGUCUUUCUUUACUUAAAUGAUUAGGGGACAUGUUUUUUUGGUAAUUUGAUAUUGCUAUUUGCUUGCAAUUUAUUGCUUACAACGACUCUUCACACUUCUCUUUCUGCUUUGCUGGAUAUUUCACAAUUCUAACUCCACUUUUUUGUUUGUCUCAAUUUAUUGUGUUCAUUGUUUAAUGCCUUGUUUAUUUAUUUCAUUCUAUGUUUGUAAUAAAAUUACAUUAGAGAAGAACUUUUUGCCCUUUUGGGUGGGGUUUUUUUUUUGGAUAUCUUACUUAUGAAAGUUGGUUCUCUUAUGAUUUCCAUAUCUUCCGUGGAAGAACAGUGUAAUGGUUGUUUGCUUAUAUGCUUUAGCUGUUCUUUAGAUAACUUAAAGACAGUGUACUUUCUUUCUUUUUCAUUGAUCGGUUCUGAACUUGUUUGUUACAUGGCUUGUAGGCAAUUAAUGCUUCAUAUCCAGGCUGAUUGAGCUAGUUUGGAUACCAUUGCCAGUUUAAGAGGUGAAACAGGCUGUUGAAAGGUUGCAGAAAUUAUGGAAAAAACCGACUUGGCUUCUCGAUUCGUUGAUCUUGUACAGACCAAAAAAUCUUUUGAGGAUAUCAAGUAUUGGACGUGGUCAGAGAUGUUGAUUGCUUUGAAGCAAUGUCAAGAAUCACCUUCAUUAAAAAACUCAUCAAUUAUGCUCAAGAAAUGCAUAGAUUUGCUUAGCCAAAAGAUCAGUUUAGCUGAUGGAGCGAGUUCAUCUGCUUCAUCAGUUAAUAGUUCCAGAUUUCGGUCAUCUUGUGACAGCAAAAGCACUGAAAGCUUAAAGACAAAUUAUGCUUCCACGACUUGGUGGUUUGAGGAUCUAUUGUUCUUUAGCACUGAAUGUCUUGAAAUGUUUGUACAAUCCAUGGUCUCGCACGAGUUCGACCAAGUUCUUUUAAGCAAAUUCCUCAUUCAUUUCCAGAAAUCUAAGUUUUACAAUGCAACUUCAGAUGUAAAGAUGAAAGUAAUAGAAUCUGUCAUUGAUAUGCUUGACACUCUCGACGAAAACGUGGUAUCUCUGAAGGCUUUGUUUGACAUUCUACGGGUUUCCUUAGGCUUGAACAUAAAUAAAGGCAGCAAGAAUAGGCUGGAGGCCAUGAUUGGUUCAAAGUUGGGUCAUGCUACACUAGACAAUUUGCUUGUGCCUUCUCCAUAUGGAGCAAACUACUUGUAUGAUGUGAACCUUGUUCUCAGACUCUUCAAGGCAUUUUUAUCAGGAGGAAUCAAUCAAGCAUCUCCAUCACAAUUAGCUAAAGCUGCUAACUUGAUGGAUUCAUACAUGGCAGAGGUAGCACCAGAUCCGUGUCUUAAGUCAUCAAAGUUCCUCGCACUUGCAAAAGUCAUUCCAGACUCAGCCAGGAAGUCCUAUGAUGAAAUGUACUAUGCCAUAGACCUGUACUUUGAGAUGCAUGUAGGAACGUCAGAAGAGGAAAAGGAGAAAUUAUGUUGUGCACUGAACCACAAAAAGCUCUCCUAUGAAGUUCGCAUUCAUUUAUCUAAGAACCCAAAAUUCCCAGCGAAAUCUACUCCGCCGAGCCCAGAAAGUCAGCAACCUGAAGCCGAAAACUUACUUCAAAACAUAAACUACUCAAAAUCUCUGAUAAGUUGGCCUCACAAUCUUACAGAAGGCAUAAACUCAGAUGAAAAAGAAGACAAGUCCUCAGAACAAAUUGUGCUGUAUCAUGGAAAAUUCAAUCUCCCUGCUGAUAAUGAGAAAUUCAAAGUUCAUUUGGAAGGGAUGCAAUGGAGAGUGUUGGAAUUGGAGAAACUAUGUAGAAAAAUGCAGAACCAAAUGAGAAAGAUUUUGAAGUCUAGAGUGGCUUCAAGUUAUUGUCAAGUGAAAUCUUUGCCUAAGCUAUGUUCAUAAGGAGAUUUUGUAUCAAUGUAUAUAGUAAAAAUCCAUUUUCUCUUCUUCUUGCUGGUUGUAGAGUUAGAAAAAGGAAGAAGAUGAUGAUCGUGAUCAUGAUGAAGAAGCCUUUAACCAAAAAACUAAAUUAUUCUUGUGAAUUAUUGCUGGAAAGUUAUGGUGUGAAAGAGAUUGAAAGUUGAAGGUUGAGUCUUUUUCGAAGUCAUUCUCAUUCAGAGGCUACUUUACGUUGAAAGUUGCAACUUGACAAAAGCUACAAUACAAUGCAUGAAAAUAAUAUUCACCUCUUUGCUUCA